AUGGGUGACUCGUUGCACUUGGACGACCACCGCCCCGCAAAGCGCAUCAAGUUGUCAACACCAUCAGAGCUUCAUCACCAUCGCGAAGCCGAGGAGUCUUCUCAACAUCAACCGCGGCAUUCGCCGCCGCCGCCGCAACUACAACCACCAGAAGUCUGCCAGUCGCAUCCUUACUCGUACCAACAGCUACAGGCACAGCAGCCUUCAUCGCAUCCUGUGUCCCAGCAGUUGCCUCACAGCUCGAAGGAGCAUGCUGCUUCUGUCCCCUCAUCAGGUAGAGCUAUGGCGAGUUUAGACGGGCCAGACAACUCGCCCGGGCCAAAUAACCCUUGGCCAACUGACUCCGUGUUCGACCCGUCAUGGAGGUGGCCACUGUCGGCUUCGAACUGCCCCCCUCCUUCAUCCCAUGUGCUACAUCUUGGUGCUUCAAGAGACAACUUGGAAACCGGGCAUGUCUUUGCCUCGCCACAGCAACCACCAGUGUCGGGACCAUCAAGUUUUGACCCUACAUCGCUACCCACUUCUUCAGCCGUAUCUUCGACGUCGCAGCUCGACUUCACGACGUUGAGUCCCUCGGACUCCUUCUAUUCCUCCCAACCAGCGCAGUUUGAGGCAGUCUUUCCAACUUCUGUGUCACGAUCUCCUGUUACAUACGAUAGCGUGCCACCCUCCAUACCAGAAGUCACAAGUAGUGGGCACCAACCGCCUGAGAGAAGUGUGGCACACAGAAAUGACGUGCUUCGUAGCCCCUUUCGAGAUUGUAUUGGCACAUUUGGACUGCAUAAGUCGCAGUUCUUCAGCCGUCCAGCUGAUGGCAGAGUCAACGGCUACAUCAAGUUUUCCUGGCCAAAGGAAAGCCGCGGGAAGCAAACUCCAACAGAGCGUACGCCGUCCAUUUCGGACGCCCCAAGAGUGAUUGAAAUCGAUGAUUCCACCGAGACGAGUGACGAGUUUGCUUCACAAUCUUCGAUGUCCGUGAUUGGCCCCUCGCCAGCACCGUUGAGAGGUGCAGAGGACUCUAUCGAAUUUACUGUGGAUGUAUCCAGCUUCUUCAGCCAACCUGUGACGUUUAGUUCCAUGUCUCAUACACCGGUUGGGUUUACCCCGUCUCCUGUUCUCUCGAAUGCGCCUACUGAGGUUGCUUCUAUGGGCGCUCCGAAGCUGUUACCCGCCCAGUAUGGCUACGAGGCCAAGAUGGAUGAUACUGACCGACGGUUUUGGAUGUUCUAUAUUCGAAACUGGUGUCCUGGUCGCAGCGUUUUGGAAGACACAAACCUGUGGUUGAAGGAUUUCGCGCAAAUGCACAAAAGCCUGGGUGUGCGAUCGGCCAUUCAGAGUCUAGCCGGUAUUUACAUUUACGAUUAUUUGCCACUAGAUUCUAUUCGCAAGAGAGUCAACCAGCGAUUUUCUGAUGCCGAAGAUCGACUUACUCAAUUGCUAAAUGAUCCCGCGACUGCCCGAGAUGAAUCUCUAGCAAAUGAACUCAUCACCAUUGCCGUGAUUCUUUCUAUGCAAGAUAUCGUCUUGACCGAACGCCGCCUUAAAAAGCCAUUUUCACCCCGGUGGCUUCAAGGCUUUCGCCAAGGAGAACAAUUCCUUCAAUCGACUGACCAUGGCUCGAGGUUCUGGAAAGCCUCCAAUGUUCAAGCAUCAUCAUUGCGAAUCUCACAGUCCAUUAUUGUUGGUCGAGCCGUCAUUUUGGCACAACCUAUGUCCUCUUUACCCCCACCAGACAAGUUCAAUGCCCAGGAAGAGGCAUCUCGAUUUGGCUGGCUCCUCUACGGCACAGAGAAAGACAUGUAUCAAAUUCACGGUGGUUGUGGAUUUUCCAAGAAGUUGCUUCAUACCUUGGGCCAGAUAACCUACUGUGCAGCACGGCUACAGCAAGAACCAGAGAGCGCUAUUGUGCCGAUGACAGCAGAUUAUCUGCACACGGAUCUGCUCAACAUGAGACAAUGGAGUUCCGAGUCAAAGAGCUGGGAGGUUGCAAAAUCUGGACCUCCGGUGAUUAAAUGGGUGCGAUCUCAAGCAGAUAAUUAUGAAAUCCACACGAAUGCAUGGAUGACGGAUGUGACCGCUGAAGCUUGGCGCUUUGCGGCCAUUCUCUAUCUUCAAUGUCGCGUGUUUCGAUUGCCGAGAAACCACCCUGAGGUGGUAUCCAAGCUUGAUGAUCUUGCGAGAUGCAUCACCAUCAUGCCCACAUCGGGAUCUCAUUUUACUGCCCAGGCACCACUCUUCCCUGUGUUUUUACUAGGGCUACUGGCAACUGUUCCUAGGCAUAAAGCCGUUUCCAGUACAUGGUUCAAUGAGGUUUUGCAAACCCCAGUACGAAGCAGCGUUCCCCCAUUACAUAAAGCACUCCAGCAUAUUUGGAGUUGGAUUGACAGAGAGAUUCCCGUGGCCUUGCCACCGAAUCUCGAAAUAGAUCUGCCUAUUCAUUCUCGACAGCCAUGGUGGGAACUCCUGGUCACCCGAGUCCAGGACCAAGAACAAGAGGUGCUCUGUUUGACUUGA